AUGAUGACGCUGAUACAAAAAGGCCAAACAAAGAAAAUCCACUACCUCGGCUCGCAAGCUUACCAGCGAAGCAAAAACUACAGCCAACCUUCAGAGAACCCACUCAACGACAGCACAUUCCCAAGGAAGAAACGACCAUCUUGCUCGAAUACUCAAUCCUAUAUCCCACGGUUCUCCAUGUCCAACACCAUACCCCAAAACCCACCACCACCACCACCUGUUAACGAAAAAGUCCCUCUCCUCCCAACCCCAACCGCAGAAGACCACCUCAAGACCUCCUGCGGCAACCUCAUAACCUGGCUCGGCGGACCCUACGCCAUCCUCCUCCAAAUCGCCUCCCCCAGCAUCGCCCUCGGCUCCUGCACCCACUCCCGCUUCCGCACCCACCCCAUCUCCCGCUUCCGCCGAACCGCAGCCUUCAUCAUUGCCGUGGUCCACGGAACCGAGGAACAACGCAAUCUCAUCUGCAAUGCUAUCAAAAAACAACGUUUGUCCCCCCCCCACCUUACCUGUCCCAUCCCUGCUAACAGGUCAAAAGACUCCCACAUCCACGGCCCAAAUUACACCGCCAAUGACCCUGUCCUCCAGAAAUGGACAGCAGCCACCCUCUUCGUUGCUGGCCAAAAAACUCACGAGCUGUUUUCGAUUGAGAGGAAACCCAUGUCACGGGAGGAGAAAGAGGUGCUAUGUCAGGAGUUUGGGAGGUUUGCUACCGCGUUGGAUAUGCCGCUGGAGAUGUGGCCUGGGUCGUUGGGGGAGUUUGAGAGGUAUUUUAAUGAGGAGUUGCAAUCAUUGGAGAUUAUAGAGGCGAGUAAGCAGGUGGCGGAUGUUUUGCUGAGAGGGAUGGAGUUGCCUUGGUUUUUGAUGUGGGCUUUGCCGGUUAUGAGGGUGUUGAUGGCUGGUUGGUUGCCAGAGAGGUUUAGGGUUGCUUUUGGGCUGCCUGAUCCGAAUGGGUGGGCAGUUUGGGGGGCGUAUUGGGUUGUUGUCCGGUUGAUAUGGGGGCUGAAUUGGCUAACGCCUGAAGGGGUGAGGGUGCUGGUAGAAUCGUGGAUGAAGAGGGACAUGGCGACGGCGGCGGAGGAUAUUAGGGUGCAUGGUCGGUGGAUGAUAUGA